AAAACUCCGUGCUGCGUGCUUCGCCGCUCCAAACCCUACAAUCCUACAAAUCCGAACUCACAAAAUCAGGAUCAAGAAUAGUCGACCAACGAGUCGGCAGAGAGGCGGCGCGAAGUUAUUUCCGCAAUAAAAAACACAUGUAGAAGUGUAAAAAAAAUUAUGGCGGGAUCGAGCGUUUCAUUAAAUAUAAUUUUAUUAACGUUAUGUUCAACGUUAAUAUGGCACUCAAAAUUAGUAGAAACGUCGCGUUUAAACGUUCCGAGAGUAUUGUUACCGGUUUUCAAUGAUUUCCCGGUCAACUUUACCCUUGAAGUGACUGAGGGUGGCUGCUACCAGUGGUCAACGUCUCGUCUUGACAUCAUUCACUUAAUUCCAAUCAAUGAAAACCCUGAUCGAACAUGCUCAUCAGCGGUUAUGGUCCAAAGCAUUACCAAAGAACCUGUGAGAAAUACCGCUAUUGUUUUAGCCGAGGAUAUAAAUACUGGACAAUUUUUACGAUGCGACGUCAUCGUCGAUGCCAUUUUUUCCCUCAAUCUUGUUACCACUACCAGAGAAUUAUUCAUCGAAGAGGCACCAGAAGCUUUUGAAGUUCGAGCAUAUGACGAACAAGGAAACGAGUUCACAACCUUAGCCGGUGUAGAAUUCGUGUGGACUAUCGGAAGUCGUGAAAAACGCAAUACCCAUCUGGAAAACGAGUACAAUAGUAUAUUGCGUUUCAUGACGUUCCAAGAAUCUCCUUACGAGACUCCAUCGACGAUAAUAUCUCUGGACAAUACUGGAAGACAAGGACAUAUAAUUCUUCUAGAGGGAAUCAAAACUGGGACAGCAAAGGUUUCUGUGAGAUCAGCCCAUUCGGAAUACAAGCAUGUACCACCCGUUGAGGUGGAACUGAUCGUAGUUGCCAACCUGAUAAUUCUUCCAACAGAUGUGACGAUGAUGGCCUAUGAUAGCUUCAAGUACAGAAUAAUGCAGGUGCAUCAAGGUCGCUUAGAGGAGAUAAGUCUUCCAUCGACGCAAUAUUACUUGGAAGCUGAAAAUCCUUUGAUCCUAGAGAUAAACAACGACCGUCACUCGGCCUAUGCUCUUGGAAAGGGGAAAACGAAAGUGGUGCUUCAUGACAAAAAUGUGCACGAGGAAUACGGCGUAGUUUUACCAACGGCAACGAUAAACAUAAAUGAAGUUUCUUACAUAACGAUAACAGUACUGCCGAACAGAAAUUCGGGUUUGAUUCUCGAGGAGACGCACGAACUAGUGGUCGAAUUAUUCGACAGCAAAGAUCACAAAUUUCACAUAGGUGAAGGCGUCGAAGUUUCGUUAAGCGUAGAUCCGCAAUUUUUCGAGACAAAGUCAUCCACGCAAAACGGAAGUCACGUUGUCGUUGUGCCAAUAACGUGUGGAACGAGCGUCGCCGAAGCUCGCCUACUUGGCGUUAUAAACAAAGAGGGGAAAAAAAUACCUUUGGUUCCACAACUUUCGGCAAAGGCUGAAUUAGUAAUUCACACACCAGUGACGAUAAGUCCUCGCAUUCUGGCUGUUCCUUGGGAUCCAAGGAGUAAAACUCGUUUCGACAUUGCCUUAAAGGCGAGCGGUGGGGACGGAAAAUAUGUGUGGGACUCGCGACAACCGUCGAUCGUGACUGUCUCGCAAAACGGUGUUGUCAGAAUAUUGAACGAAGGAAGUACCGAAGUGGUCGUUUCGAUGUCACGAAAUCCUUACAACAACGAUCGUGCCCGAGUUCACGUUCUCUUGCCAUCGCGUCUUGAAAUCAUACAGUACAACAUGGACGCGGCAAUCGGCGAACCGAUCGAUCUGCACGUCGCUCUUUAUGGAAAAAUCGGCGAAGCUCCAGACUCCAAAGAAAUACCGUUCAAUGAUUGCCGAGAAAUUCCUUUUGAGAUUUACAUUCCCGAUGGAAAUUUCGUACAAAAUACCAGCGAAAAUUUGACUCCAGUCGGAAUCUCUUGCGCUACGAUUCGCCUGAUUGGACUCGACGUCGGCACUUCGAGUAUUACCGUCGCAUACAGCUCGAACGGACAAUAUUUAAUGGACAACAUAACAAUCGCCGCUUACGAGCGACUUGUCGCAGUUCAUCCAUCGAACGGUGAGACUCUGUUGGCCGUUGGCUCGUCGAGAAAGAUUAUUUUCAAGGGCGGGCCUCAUCCGUGGCCAGGAAAGCCGCAAGGCUACAAACGCGUGAUUUCUUCGAGCGAUCCGGAUGCAGUGAGAGUUAUCGAACGACAAAUUUCAGACAGCCCAGAAAUCGUGGUUUACGAAGUAGUCUGUCGUGUCCUUGGCGAUGUUUUGUUGACUUACACGAUUUCGAACGCGCCUCUAUUGCCAAAUUGUCGUAGCACCGAUGCGACAGCGACAGUGCGAGUUAUCUGUGGAAAACCGCGUUACGUCCAUCUCGCACCAGAAUUCAAGGACAGUGAACAUUGCCCGAUCGGUCAAAGCAGUGAUCGAGUCAUGGCGCACAGCGAUAAAUCUCUCCGUCUCGUAGUCACGGUCAAGGACGAGGAUGGAAGACGUUUUGAUAACUUUACGAGUUUGAAUGUCGUCUGGAAUUUGAAACCGCAGGACAGCGGUUCCGUGGAAAUCGCUAGCGGCACAGCGGAGGAAACUUUCACCGAUAUGAACGUCGUCCUACCGAGAACUCAUUAUCAGAUACUUGUACCGAAAAGACACACCGGCUCGCUCGUUGUUUCAGCAAAAGUUGUUGGUUACCAGAAUCACGUACUCGCCAAACAGAAAAUAUCCCCGGAAUGGCCACCGUUCGCGAUUCUCAACGAACGCGACGUCCUCAAAACGCCUCUCAUCGAAGCAGAAAUCGUCGUCUAUUUAGUGAACGACACAACGAUAACUCCUAAAAAAAUCAAAGUCCUUAAUGACCCAACCGGAAAAUAUUCUCUUCAAGUUAGCCAGGGCUCCGGCUAUUACGAGUUCGUAUUGAGCAGCGAAGAAAUAGCGGACAUCCGUUACGUCGAGCCAACGAAAACUAUAAGCAUCGUGCCGAAAAAGCCAGGCGUCUUGCGGCUCGGACUCGUCGAUCUUUGCCUCGUGUCCUCCCCCGCCGAGGCCGAAAUCGAAGUACAACAAUUGGCUGGUAUCGAGAUCGACACAAUCGACAAAGUUGAGAAGGGCAAAUGCAUACUCGCGACAAUUAAACUUUACGACACGAACGGUCAUCUCAUGGAAUUGCCGAGUUUGGACGCUUUAGAAUUGAAUUUCGAGACCGAUGAAAAUCAUAUUGACGUCAAGAGACUUCCCGUUGGUGAACAGGAUGAUGCACCGUAUUCGAGAAUCCUGUACAUGAUUCACGGGGUCAAGGAGGGCGAAGCGAGAAUAUUUUUCACCAGUGGACGCGGUGAUCAAGAAAUUCGAAGCGAAACAGCGAUAAUACAAGUUUUCACACCGCUCAGAGUAAACGAAAGAAACUUGACGAUCCUCGUUGGAACUGUCUGUCAAAUCGAAACGAGCGGUGGUCCGAGCGACGGAGAAAUCGAAUUUUCCGUUGAAGAUACAAAUAUUCUUGGUAUCGAAAAACGUGGCAUACUCGAGGGCAAAGCUGUGGGAAAAGCGAAAGUAAUUGCACGCGCUGUUGGUCCCAGUGUCAAAGGUCAACGAAUUAUUUAUUCCCAAGAUCAUGUUUACGUCCAAGUAACGCAUUUGCAAGGCAUAAAAAUCGUGGCUCCGACAACGAGAAUAAAAGUUGGAGCGACAGUGCCGAUUUGGGCUUUCGGAAUACCGGACAAUUUGACGCCACUUAUUAUUGGAUCGAUGAAAUCUUUGCUCUCGUUUAAUUGGUACACUAGCGACACGAGGCUACUGAGCUUGCAUAACAUGUACGAAGGCACUGGCAUCAAUAUUCGUUAUCAGAACGAAGUCACUUUACGAGCUAAAGCUCAUGCUCCUGGUUUCGCCACGAUUUAUCUCAACGUUACAAUUCCCUCGAAAAUCAUCGCCGGCUACGAAGACCAAUUAAGCUUUGGAACUUUUGCCAAAAUUGAAAUUUUCGAAGAACUCGCUAUCGUACAACCCUCGCCCGCCACCACUGGCAUUCCCGUUUUAAUAAUGCAGCCUAAUUCCAUUCUCAAAAUAAAAACCAAUCGCGAUAAGCACGGUGUUACCAGCUACAAAAUUCUCGCCAAUGGAAGUAACGAAUCCGAAGAUCCUAACGCUCUUACUCAGGCUGUCAAAACUGUGACGAUCGACAAAACUGGCCUUGUCAAGUCUGGCGAAAAUUAUGGAAGAACCAUCGUCUCUAUCACUAAUGUCGAAUCCUACAACUUAAAGCAAACCGUUACGGUCAUCAUUGACGUUAAACCGAUUCAUUACAUGAUGCUCUCAUUGAAUUCGAACAUUCGUAUAAGAAGCGGGGAAGAAUUGAACAUGUUACCAAAAGGUAUGGAGCUCAGUUACGUAGUUGAAUAUUUCGACAGCGUAGGCAACAAGUUUGCGGCGACAAACACGGAAUUCGUAGCAGCUAUGAGCCGUUCGGAUCUCAUGUCCUUUGCCAAGGGACCGGACAAUAUUUUGAUAGCAAAAUUCCACAAGGACGGCGAACUCGUCGCUAAAAUUCAUAGCGAUAAAUAUCCAAACGGAAUGUUCGAUUACGUUCACAUGACAAUCGGGGAUAUUAUUUUCCCAACGAAGACUUCUUUGACGAUCGGAGAUGUGGUUUGUUUCUCGAUGCCUUUGCUAUCAUCGGAAACUGGCGAUCCAGGGUCUUGGCAGUCUUUGGCACCGGAGAUUUUGUCAGUUGAUUCGAUAACUGGUAUAGGAAGAGCAAAAAGUCCCGGUCACACCAUCGUAAAACACAGUUUGACGACUCACAAACAGGGCGAAAUCGAAGUCAAUGUACAGCCAAUUGCCAAAAUUUCCCUGGUACUAUUGAAAGGAAAGAAUUUCACAGGUACAGAAAUAUUCAGCGUACCACUCGUGCUGAAAAGUAAAGACGAAGGAGUCAAAGAAAAUAAUGUACUCGCUCGUGGUUUAAGCGGCUGCCGAACCCACACGUACUUCAGUCUUAGUUCAUUCCCGUUCACUUGUCACAUUCAAUUCAUAACACCAAUACCUUCGAUCAAUAUCAAAGACAUAUUUUUGACUAAACCGAGGUUCGACAUCGUAACUGGUUUUUAUUACUGCGACAUAAUUCCUAUUGGAGCGCCAACAAUCUUAAUGAGCACUCUGGAAACAAAAGUUCUGGUGAAUGCUCAAAGUCGGGAAGUUGAAGGAACGCCACUCGAAGUUGCUUAUUUGCCACCAAUUUGCGUCAGCACAAAAGAAAUCGUUUUCGUGCAACCGUCGAGCCAAUCGCCAUCAACAGCGAUUCUCGAGGUUCAUGGAUUGCCCAUGGUGUUGGAACAAGUGAUGGUCGACGUACCUGAAGGCGCGGUCAUCAGUUCUCGACAAUUCGUCACGAAAAAUUUAGUCAACUACAAAUUACGUUUAACCCAAGAUCACAAUGAUAUUCAAGGGCAAAAAAUUAUCGUAUUGAAUGAGCUAACAAAACAAAAUAUUUCGAUUCUCAUAAGAAUAUCGAAACACGAAAGUUACGUUCCGUAUUCCGGUAUACACUGGAUCGAUUACAUUUAUUUCCAUCGUUACACAUUUGGUACCCUUGCUGUACUGAUGAUAACUUUCUUUUAUUUGUGGAAGAACAAAGUGUCCAGUGUCAAUUUGUCGGUCAGGAAUAACAAUGUUUUCGCGGACAGAUGUCCUCCACCAAUGAAAAAAUCACCAACGCUAAAUUCGACGACGCUCAACAGCAGCUUGAACGCGUCGAGCCCACGGAGUCCAGGUUCUCCUUCGCCCUUGCGACCAUUUUCGGCUUUUGAACCCGUUUACGGUGAUCCACGUGGUUUUUACACGCCAAACACCCGCAGGAAUUAUUGUUUCCAAACUCCCUAGUUAAAUCGAAGACAAACUUAGUGUUUCAAAUGUUUCGGAUUGAAAACGGGCACCGAGACAUUUAUGAUGUUACAUUUUGGCAGCGAACGACGAUUUUUUUCUUCACCGACGAUGAGUUUGUGCUUUUCGUCGCAGAACCCGCAGUGUUGUGAAAUAUCGUACGUUGGAGACAGAAGAAAUGAUAAACGCAAAAGAUCCAGAGUGAUGCGAAAGACAUAAAAGGAAGAAUAGCCGAUGAAGAAUAAAAACGAUUCUUCCUUUCCUCGUGUCAUAGUCAAUUAAGAAAACAUAAUUAUUUCCGAACUUUUGAAAUGGAAACGAGACAAGUGGCUCGCUAUUUCCACGGAUAGGCGUCGUUUGUCUGGUUUUUCAUUCUCUCGAUGAUAGACCGAAUGGAAACCAAUAUAAGUUUUUUGUUUGUUUGUUAAAAUGACGCAAAAGUGCCAAUCUCCGAUAUCGAGUGAUCACAAAAACGUUGUUUUUUGAAUUUGUUUUUAUUGUCUUUGAGAAUAAAAUCAAAGUUGUCUGUUUUCUAUGUAAAUAAAUAAAGAGAUCAUGAGCAUCUUAUUUUCUCGGUAAAAUAUAAAUGAGGAAUGCUAAUUUUGUGCUCGCUCGAAUAUCGAAAAGUGUACAUAAAUGUAAUUAUUUAGAAAAACUAGCUUAGUCGAGUCUUCUUUUUUUCUUUAUUCUCACUGUUUUUUGUCUACUCUUUACUUUCUGAUAAUAGACUAAAUCGAUUUGAAUCAGAAACAUAGGAAAACGUUUUUUUCGAUAAUUGCAUCGACCUAAAAGUUGACGUAGCUGACGUGAUGAGACGAUUCUUCGAUAAUUCGGGAAUUCGUACAUUCGUGAAAGACGUACAGACUAGUCCGAAAUAAUUUUGAUAAUACUUACGAAUUCUACUGCAUAGUUACAUUUUUUUACCGUCUUUCUCUUCGAUUUUUUUUUUACUGACGUGAGUGUUAAGAAAUAAUGGAGUGAAAUGUAUGAAUGAAGAACCUUAUUGCCAUGUCGAAAAUGGAAAGAAUGUCGUUCCUAUAGGAAAUACAAUUAUUUUGCCGGAAGAACUGAUUUACAUGCAGAUUUAAAAGAAAAAACAGAAGAAGACUCGUUCAAAACAUAAGUAGUUUAAAUCAAGGCAUAAGAUGCGUUUUCCAAAAUACUAACGUGACUGAUUCUCGACAGAGAUGAAUUUCAGAGCUGAAUAAAAUAGUCUCAUCUAUCGAAAUUUGCUAUUUUGUCCAACUCUGUCGUAAAACCUAUCCUUGAGCAUUGUGUGCUCGCUCAAUUUUUUUCUACAUUUAUUAACACCAAGAGUCUAUUUUUACUAAAGUGGAAAUGGGAGGAAAAUUUAAAAACUUAGUAAUUCGUGGUUUACUUACAAAAAUUGAUAAUACCAAUACGAAGCACAAAUAAACCAAGUGUUCAUAGUACUUAACGUUGCAGUCACGAGGAAAAAAUGGAUUUUUUUGUUCUUAAUUAGGUUGAAAAUGUAUGGAUGUAGUAAGAAAUGUAAUUAAUUUAACGAGAGAUAAUGAAAACAGUUGAGAUGUCUGCGUGUAACGAAACCAAGAAGAAUUGUGAGUUCAAUUCCUCCUUUCAACAUAAUUAAAGUUUUUUUUUAACAAAAGUGCCUUGAGAAAAGACCUCAACCAGGUCAUGUGUUUUUCUGCGACUUGCCCUUGAAUGGUUACAAGCACGACUCGAUUGUACAAUUUUUUCAACGAGUGAUUACAACCAUUUCGAAUUGGUAUUAAAUACGUCUUCGAUCAAA